GUGACAGAUUCUGUCACGCGCUGUGCUCUCCUCUUGCCGUCAUCACCUCAUCUUCCAACUGGAAAAACUCUCUUUUUCUUUUCUUCUUUGCCCACGAUGACGACCCCCAUUCGCAAGAAACGCAACUUCAAGUCACUUCAGUUGGCGACGCCGAGCACCCCAGUAUCGCCAGCGACGACGGAGCCAGAGCCCGUUCUCAAUCCUGUGCCUACACGACAAGCCCCAGUCGCUGGCGGGGGCAAACGGCGACCACCGCCAAUGACACUGAAGGCCCCCAAGAUACCGACAACCACAGCUACGCCUGUAGAUGGCGACAACACACUCUUGACCGUGUCCAACGGUUCCAGUUCCGCUCCGACUACAGCUUCGCCGAUGGCUUCGACACGACGCUCAACCUAUGCCACACUUUCAAAUACCCUAGCAAACCUGGAUAUGAACGCUGAAAUCAAGUUUGAUUUGCGGAACGAAGAUCUGAAAGAUCUCCAAGAGCUUGGUCAGGGCAAUGGCGGGAGCGUGAAGAAGGUUGAACAUGUCCCUACCAGCACUAUCAUGGCAAAGAAGAUUGUAUUGAUUGACGCCAAGCCGUCUGUACGAAAACAGAUCCUCCGGGAGCUACAGAUCAUGCACAACUGCAAUUCUAAGUUCAUCAUAUCGUUCUAUGGCGCUUUCCUUGCGGACCCUAAUAUUUGUAUUUGUAUGGAAUUUAUGGACAAGGGUUCGCUCGAUGGGAUUUACAAGAAGAUUGGCGCCAUCGAUAUCGACAUAGUGGGCAAGGUCGCGCUGGCUGUUCUUGAAGGUCUUACGUAUCUAUACGAUGUCCACCGAAUCAUACAUCGGGAUAUCAAACCGUCUAACAUCCUUUGCAACUCUCGAGGUGACAUCAAAAUAUGUGACUUUGGUGUUUCUGGGGAACUCAUCAAUUCGAUUGCGGACACAUUUGUCGGCACAUCCACGUAUAUGAGCCCCGAGCGUAUCCAAGGAGCACAGUAUACAGUCAAAUCCGACGUGUGGUCGCUUGGUAUAUCUCUCAUCGAGUUGGCCUUAGGGCGCUUUCCAUUCUCCGAAUCAGAAUCAGACGAUUCGGACCUGUCCGAUUUCGAAAGCACUCUGUCGCCGGCCCGACCUGGCUCAAUGGGAUCAAUUGCUGCAUUGUCCCUACCCAAAUCGCGUAAAGACAAGGCAAAGAAGGAUAAAAGAAAGAGCAAGGGUGUUAGUCUGCAGGGAGGAGGUAUGACGAUGAGCAUUUUGGAGCUGCUGCAACACAUCGUCAACGAGCCAGCGCCGCGAUUGACGCCGGAAGGGAGGUUCCCCCCAGAAGCCGAAAGCUUCGUGGACAGCUGUUUAUUGAAGGAUCCGGAUAUGAGGAGGACACCGAAAGAUCUACUCACACAUGAGUGGAUCAAGCAAGCGAGAUCUUCCAAAGUCGAUUUGGAGGGAUGGGCGAGCACCUUUUGAAAAGACUCGUCAACGUGCAGCGGUCGAUCUUCCCAUUGAUUUAUUUCAGCCAAUAUUGUAUAUUUUCUCUACCCGCCGUGCAUCCCGAUCUUCAUUUUUACUCCCGCCGUGUUUAGCCAUUGCUUUCCCAGAUCUUUAAUACGCCUUUCUUCGCUUGUUCAGCCUGCUGGCAGCUGCUGCGGGGUUUCCUUGAUCCACCAAAGUGAUGGAUUGUUCGUCCCUCUAUUUCCCUGUUUCUAUCACGCGCGUCGCCACGGUUUCCUAUUAGCAAGCUGAUUUUGUAUUACUACUACAAUUACUGGGGAUAUAUCAAUAGCAGUGAAUGAGGCUCAGAUUGCUUCUAAAGUUUAUAUCCUCUCGGCGUUUAUUUUACCUCGUCAAUUUUACCGGCAAUCAAAGUGCCAUGCUGAGUCAUUAGGAUCGGAACGGAAUCGGUUCCGUGAGGGUCCG